UUAAGGCGAAUUGCGUCUUUUAUCAGUGAAGCUUCAAAUACAACAAAAUGUUCGAAUGAAGUCAGAAAUAUUUGAUUCAUAAGAAUAUCUACUUUGAAAGUGAUAUCUGGUGGAGUAAAACUCAAUCAUUUGGGGAAAGAAAUCGUCCUAAUACCAACAAUGUUUUCUCCGACAGUGUGGUCUGCUUCAAGUAGCCUACAGGAAUGGGAAGGGCCGAGCCUUAUUGAUGUCAUGUUCCUCUGUGACGAGUGGAAAUCUUCGAAGGCUGGAUUAUCAACUUUCAAUCGAGAAUUUGCAAUUAAUUUGGCUGCAGCCACGACUGGUAGCAUGAAAAUCCACUGCUACGUCUCUAAAAGCGAUGAUCGGGACAGAGAAGAUGCCAGACUACAUGGUGUAAAUUUAAUCACAGCUAGAAUUUUUCUCGGUUCAUAUGCAUUAGAUCCAAUCAAGGGGUUAAAGAUUCGACCCUCAGAGCUCCCAAAUCCACACCUGGUUAUAAGCCACGGAAGAAAGUUGGGUAGUGCUGCGUUUUUCUUAGUGGAGGCCGCUGAGUGUAAAUGGAUUCAUUUUGUCCACGUUUACCGUGGAGACCUUGGGAAAUACAAGAAAACAACAGCAGUUGCAACAGAUACAAUCAAAGAGAAUGAGAAGCACCAGAUGGAAAUUGACUUGUGUAAAGCAGCGGAUGCGGUCGUCGCUGUUGGCACCCGUCUGCAACAGAAGUACAGCAGAAGUCUGCCAAAUGUCAAAGUGGAGAUUAUUACUCCUGGAAUCUUUAAAGAGUUUUACAGUGAAUCACAGUACACUAUACACAGAACACUUCCAAGGAUUUUUAAUGUGGUCUUGUUUGGCCAAGCUACCUUUGAGGGUCUUUCCCUUAAAGGAUUUGAUAUUGUCGCAAAUGCCAUAGGUUCUCUUGGUAAGAGGUUUGAGUUGACGUUUGUUGGCUCAUAUCCUGGUGAACAUAGGAAAGUUGAGCAAUGGUUUCUUGAAAACACUUGCAUCAACCGAAACCAAAUAAUCAUCUGUGGAUAUUGUAGUGAUCCAGAGGAACUUAAGAUGAUGUUCUAUCAGUCGGACUUGGUUGCUAUGCCAUCCUGUAGCGAGGAAUUUGAGUUGGUGCCCCUCAAGGCCAUUUCUGCUGGCAUUCCUAUACUUGUGUCUGGUGAAUCUGGUAUAGCUGAGGCUUUGCAAGAAGUAGUAGGUGGAAACGCUGUCAUUGUUGAAUCAAAUAAAGAUGCAGAUGAAUGGGCACGAAGGAUUAGAGAGAUAUUUCAAGAAAGCACAGAAGAGAGAGAAGCCAAUGCCAUCAAGCUUCGUGAGAACUAUGGGAAGGUCUUUUCUUGGAGAACAGAAUGUGAGAGAUUUAAAAGAAUGAUUGAAAGAGUUGUGAAAAAUGAUGGAACUUCAAGCCCAUCUGUUAUGUUCACCACUGGUCCUGAAAAAGAACUCCAGAAAGACAUAACUAAAAUUGUGAAACCUAAAAUUGCGAAACCUAAAAUUGCGAAACCUCGAAUAAGAAAAGGUAAAGUGAAAAAGAAUCUGGAACUCGCUUUAGGUCAAAUCAAAAAUGAGAAACUAAAUUUAUAUACUG